GCUACACAAUUGAAACAUGCACAAGUCAUACCAACCACUGAAACCUGCAACGAACAAGUACCUGCAGAAGAAAUGGGACCAGACCAGAUAUGAGGAGCAUAGGAAUAAGCUGAGUACGGCCAGGCCCAUUGUGGACACUAAAGGCAUUAGAACACCUGCACAUGUUCAGCUGAAACUCAAGAAACUCCAGUUACAAGAUGAGAGGCUGGUCACCAUCGAGAGAGACAACCGUCUCCUGUCCUCCAAGCUGUCUGACAUCGUGCGGUCCAAAGGUCUGGUCGACCACAGGAACCAUUAUCCCGAGAGAAGUCUGAACGCUGAGAAGAGGAGGGAUGAGCUGCUGCAGGUGACUAAUCAGAACCAGGCCAUCUACCAGCGAAUCACGGCCCGUGAAUCUGACUACCGUCGCCAGCUCUGGUUGGACGACUGGGAGACGGUGGUGCGCAGACGUGAUGACAUCGCUCGUUACCCUCGUUCUGUCGCCAACAAACAGAAAUCCAAGCGGAGGGUGAAGUUUGCGGGCAGUGACUCGGGACAAAGUGAGAAGUCUUCAGAAAGCAACCGCUACAGUGACACCAACACUAACCAGGAGGUGGAUGAGGAGGAGGAGGAGAAAAAGGAAACAAAGAUACUCUAAAUUAAUGAUGAAGUGGAAAAAACGAUUGAAAUAAGCAUUACUUUUAGUUUUAAUGAAAAGUCUGUGAUGUUGUAUURUUUCAUGCUAUCAAUUCCUGUUUUAAUAAAGAGGUGC